UGACGUCGCGUGGGGCGGGUCCGAUCGCGCACAAUGGGCCAUGGAGUUCCCGUUCGAUGUGGACGCGCUGCUCCCGGAGCGGAUCACGGUGCUGGACCAGCACCUAAGGCCCCCGGCCCGCCGACCCGGAACCACAACGCCGGCCCGUGUUGAUCUGCAGCAGCAAAUUAUGACCAUUGUAGAUGAGCUGGGCAAGGCCUCUGCUAAGGCCCAGCAUCUUCCUGCUCCCAUAACCAGUGCAUCCAGGAUGCAGAGUAAUCGCCACGUUAUGUAUAUACUCAAAGAUACUUCAGCUCGACCGGCUGGAAAAGGAGCCAUUGUUGGCUUUCUUAAAGUUGGAUAUAAGAAACUCUUUGUACUGGAUGAUCGUGAGGCUCACAAUGAGGUAGAACCACUUUGCAUCUUGGACUUUUACAUCCAUGAGUCACUUCAGCGCCACGGCCACGGACGAGAACUCUUCCAGCAUAUGUUGCAGAAGGAGCGAGUUGAACCACACCAACUGGCCAUUGACAGACCCUCCCAGAAGCUGCUGAAGUUCCUGAAUAAACACUACAACCUGGAGACCACCGUCCCACAGGUGAACAACUUUGUGAUCUUCGAAGGCUUCUUUGCCCAUCAGCAUCGGCCCCCUGCUACCUCUCUGAGGGCAACUCGACACUCGCGUGCUGCUGCGCUCGAUCCUAUGCCCGCUGCUCCAGCAAGGAAGCUGCCACCCAAGCGAGCAGAGGGAGAGAUAAAGCCAUACUCCUCUAGUGACCGAGAGUUUCUGAAGGUAGCCGUGGAGCCUCCGUGGCCCCUGAACAGGGCCCCUCGCCGUGCGACUCCUCCAGCCCACCCACCCCCUCGCUCCAGCAGCCUGGGAAACUCACCAGAACGGGGCCCCCUCCGCCCCUUUGUGCCGGAGCAGGAGCUGCUGCGUUCCCUGCGCCUCUGCCCCCCACACCCCACCGCCCGCCUUCUGCUUGCUACCGACCCUGGGGGCAGCCCUGCCCAGCGGCGCCGCACCAGUUCCCUUCCCCGCUCUGAUGAGAGUCGAUACUGACAGACUGCUAACCCCCUCCCCUCCCUGGGAGACCUGGCGCGGGUGGAGACCCUUCUCCCUGAGAACCCCAGACCCAAUCUCCCAUUGCAUCCCCCAGCAUCUAGGGGAACUUGACAAGAACCCGUAGGAUUCCCUUUACCCCUUUCUUGGACAACUGGGUGGUCAGGGUCCCAGGUGGCCUAACACUUCAUAGCUUUUCUUACCACAGAAAGCAGCCCUUCUCUCCUAACUUGGGCUCUGAACACUCCCACAGACAGCCUGAUUUGCUGCCAGGCCUCUUGGUUGGGCAGCUCAUACUAAUUAUCCAGAGAAGCACACUCUUGCUUGCUGUCAGAUUCUAGAACAUCAUGGAAGGUCCAAAGGCCUCCUCUGCCAGGGAAACCUUUUUAAGAGAGUCUUAUCCAUGGAAUAACUCCUAUAGUCCCUCUGCACUGUCUGCUGGUAGCUCUAAUACUGCUGUGUGCUACCGGCUGCAGCUACUCUAUCAGCCUGCUGACGCCAGCCACUGAACGAACUCUGCUUCAUAGCAGUCCAGUCAGGUAGGAGAGGGACUUACCAGCUCCCCACGGGAUCCACUCAACAUUGCCAAACUCUUAAUCUCCACAUGUUUUGUGUAUGUGUUAAUCUGUCAGGGGACCCCCGAGCUGACGUCUGCUGUGGGACUCUAGACUCACCACGCUUCUAUAGACACUACCACCUCCGCCAGGUCCAGGAUCUCUGAAGGAGUCUGUUUCUUGGCAGUAGAUCCCAGCAAACACCCUAGGAUCACUCUUAGCCAAGUUUCAGAAGCUAAGCCUGAGUCUCAAGGCUCUAUUAGCUCCUGGAAUACCCUCUCACAUCCAUCCCUCCCCAGUAGCUAGAUAUGCUGAUAGAUUCCUGUCUUGUGAGAUUGUCUUGAUGAUGAUGGGGGAACUCUUCCUCUGGCCUCCCCUCUCUUCUUUCCUCCAUAGCAAGAAUCCUCCCCUGCUCCAUACCCAGGCUAAAGAACAUCCUUUCCCUCCUUACCCUCUGGAUGUGUGCUAGUUCAGGUACCCCUACUGUGUUCCCCCAAAUCCUUGGGAGCAGGAUCUCCCUCUUUUUCUGACUCACUCCUCCUUUUUCUUCUCCUUCUCAUUGUUGUCUGAAUAAAGCGUGAACUCUUUCGUGUUUUUUAAAUGGACAUUUUCAAUGAAAAAAAAAAACAAAACCCAAACAAACCUUAAGGUCUCAGCCUCGUUUGUGCGUCACCCUGUAUUUUCCUGGGCUCUCAGGACCUCUGGCCCUCUUCCUCACCUCUGAGAUCUGCAGAUCUUCCAGCAAGGAGGCUUAGAGCGCCCCUCGCAGGAUCUGGUGUCUGCCUGUCCCCAUCUUCACUGCUGGAUUUUCUCCUGCAGAUUCUGUCUCCUCUAAUGUAGUCACUGGAUCCCUCCAUGUAGGCUUCUGUAUCUAUUCCUCCAUUCUCUCCAGAAACCUCUAGCUCUCUCUCUAGUAACUCCUACCAUUUACCCCAGGCCAGCCCUUGCUGAGAUGUUAAGAUUUACUAACAUCUCUAGGAGCCAAUUAAUUGCCUUCUAAUAACAAUCCCCUAAUUGUUUCUUGGAUUAUUCUUCUCUAAACCCUUAGAUCUCUUUCUCAAGACAGUCCUUUUCCUAAAUUCAGCCUUGCCACUCCCUCUUCCCCUCUGGCUAAAGUAUCCUAUAAUUAAGGUAACCGUGUCUUUCCAACUCAAAACAUGAGAGCACCUGGUUCAGCAAAUUUUUUUUUGCCUUUCUGUGAAUCCAUUUUUUGUUUUUGGCUGCACUGCGUAGCUUGUGGGAUCUUAAUGUCCCAACCAGGAAUGGAACCUGUGCCCCCCGCAGGGGAAGCACAGAGUCCUAACCACUAGACCACCAGGGAAUUCCCCUGAAUCUUUUUAUAACAUGAUUUCGAUCACAUUUAACCUUACGCUUAACACAUUGUCUCAACUAGAAAUAAUAAAGCAGCAAAUCAGGACUGCUGCAGAAAACCUUGGGGUGUAAAAUGAUCUCCCUUCCCUUUUCUGGGGCACAACUUGUAUUAAACCCCAUAGGAAUGAUAACUACCCCCUCUCUGUUCCUGUGUUCUUUUAUUCUUCUCCCCUGAUUCCUCCUUACCCACUCAUCUUUCAUCCUGUAGCCUCUUCCCCAUCAUUUCACAUUUCUU